UUCUCAGCCGUCGUGUUCCUCCCUUUGCAUCUUCCCUUUCCUCCUCAUCUUCUUCCCUGUAGCCUCUUCACCUCUGCAUCUUCCGUGUAGCAGCUCUGCGAACCUUCCUCCUCAUCCUCUUCCGUAGCAUCUUCAGCUCUGCAUCUCGGUUCCAGGUUCGAUCUGGUGCGCCUAAAAUGUUUUCAUUCAUAUCUUCUUUUCAAUGGCGACAUCAUGGGCUGUGAGAGCCGAGCUCCCCAAAGCUCCUGAUCUGUGCGCUGACCGCUCCAUUCUGCGAAAUGGGUCUUCCUCCUCUCGCCGCCGCGACCUCGUUUUCGUCGUCAAUCCCAGCGGUGCGAAUGGGAGGACAGGGACCGAGUGGAAGAAGCUGCUUCCGUAUCUAAGGUCUCGCCUUGGCGCUGAUUGCAAUCAGAUAUGUGAAUCUUUGACAUCAGGUCCUUCUCAUGCGAUUGACAUAACGAGAGAGGCUAUACGGGAAGGAGCUGAUGCUGUAAUUGUGGUGGGAGGAGAUGGAACUCUGCAUGAGAUUCGGAAAACCGUCCCUUUCAGAUUUUUGGCCAAAUAUGGACUCAAUGGAGGGAUGAUCUUGCAAGAGAAAUAUAUGAUGAGUGGAGAGGAAGGAGGGCUUGAAAAUUGGUUAACAUGGUAGUUGUUGUAAUUGUCUUUUAGAUGUGGACUCAAUGUAGUUGUUGUAAUUGGCUUGAAAAUUCGUAACAUCAAGACUAUUGAGAUGUUGGUUAUUGUAAUAUGGUAAUUGGGAGUUAUCUAGAUAUUAUGGCUUAUUUGAUAUGUUUAUUUGUGUUACUAAAUUUUAAUAAAUUUUAAAAUUAGGGUGUA